CUGUGUGAGGGUUGACAGGGAGCACAAACACAGCAGAAAUCACCACAGGGUGAGCACGAUGCAGAUGGGGGAGAACAUCAGGCUUCACUCGAAGAUGUCAGCCCAACAAACUAACUGGCUUGUGACCACGAUGCCAGGUAGAAGAUCCUGGGAUUGAGAAGUAAAUCCCUUUACACUGAUGGCCUGGACUGAGUAAGAAGUUUUUGUGUUCAUGUUCACUGUAUCGAAUACUUUUGUGCUGUUUUAUUAAUUUUUUUGGCCGUGGUUGAUGAUGUUUUCUUCCUGAACGACAGGUUUCAGCUGGCCUGCUGAAGCUAUGGGGAGCUGUUGGAGCUGUCUGUACAGAGAUCCCAUCCGAGACAACCAUCUCACCAAAUUUAAGGUCAUCAAUGUGGACGAUGAGGGCAACGAGCUGGGCUCUGGGAUCAUGGAGCUCACCCAGACCGAACUCAUUCUUCACACACGCAAGAGAGACGCCAUCCGGUGGCCGUAUCUCUGCCUGCGACGCUACGGCUAUGACUCCAACCUGUUUUCUUUCGAGAGCGGUCGCCGCUGUCAGACUGGGCAGGGAAUCUUUGCAUUCAAGUGUUCGCGGGCAGAGGAGAUCUUCAAUCUGCUCCAGGAGCUGAUGCAAUGUAACAGCAUCAACGUGGUGGAAGAGUCGAUGAUGAUGACUCGCAGUGGUCACACACCAGAGAUGGAAAUGUCUCGCACACCGCAGACUCCCAACACUCCAGCAUUCCCUGUCCAGGCUUUUCCCAAUGGAUACCCUGGUUAUCCAAUCAGAGGUGAUUCCUCUCAACCCUCUCUUGCUGAUGAUCAUGGUCAUAGCCUCAUGGGUUUGGAAGACCAGACCCACACCUAUGUAAACACUGUUAGUAUGGAGGGGGAUCUCUCUAUGCGUCACUGUGUGCACUCCCUACCUGAGGUGCGGCCAAGUACUUUCCCUGAGACAACACGGGGAGCCAUGCCCGUCGGGGGCCAAGGAAACACGCAGUCCAACCUGCGGUGCUGUCCCUUGGAGGAGCAUAAAGAUCCUCAGGUGUUCCUACAGCCGUCCUCGCAGGAGGUCAAAUUCAUGCUGGGCCCCACUCCAGCACAGCGCCAUCUCUUGGAGAGGGAGAGGGAGAGGGAGAGAGAGAGGGACAGGCAUGUGCACAAUCCUCACAGCCUUCAGCCAGUAGAGGGCGCAACAGGCUCAGAGACGGAAGGAGACGAGCCCUCUAUGCAUGUGUGCAACUCUCACUCCUAUCAUCAUUUCCAUCACCAUGCACACCGCCACCCAGGCCACGAGCACCCGGAUGGCUGCCAGAGUGGCGAGCUCACUUAUGAGAACAUCAACGGCUUGAGGAGUGGCCGGAAGCAGCGGCUGAGUCCCAGCAGCGUGUCGCAGUCUGUGGGGUCGAGCAGCAGCAGCAGUACUGGGGACAGUCACUCACACUCUCUCCUGCACCCACACGCCCACGGCCCAUCGUCUCUACCUCCACAGGGCUACGCCUGUGAGAGGGGCAUGGUCGGAGGUCACCGUCGGACAGCUCUGCUCAACUACGAGAACCUGCCGUCUCUGCCCCCCGUGUGGGAGUACAGCGCUCUGCAGCGGGACGACCAACAGGAAGAUGAGGAUGAUGAACAGGAUGAUGAUGAAUAUGAAGAAGAGGAGGAAGAUUUUGAUGAAUAUGAGUUCUCAGAAGGCCCUGGGACACCCAAUGGGUACCACCAGGAUGGUCGGGGCAUCCACAGAGAUGCCCUGCAGAACUAUGUCAACACAGAGCAGGUCCAGCCGCCCCGGCUCCGACACACCUGCCCCCCACACCCGCGGCCAUGUCAGCCAGACAGAGGGGGGCGAAUAUUUAGCUUUGAUUUCCGCAGACGAUCGAGGUCAGGGGUUGGAGGCUGUGAGCACGGCCACAUGCCUCCAUCAGGGCAGCUGAACUACAUCCAGGUGGACCUAGAGGGAGAACCUCCCUGCCAAGCCCUCAGCGGUGGGGGUGCCCAGAACCAGCCACAGCACCAGCGCCUACCACCCAAAAAAUGUGGCCAGCAGGCACCCCGGCGCAGUGAAUGCUACGCAGUUAUUGACCUAAAGAAGACCGCUGCCAUGUCCAACCUGCAGAAAGCUCUGCCCAGGGAUGAUGGGACUUCCAGAAAGACUCGCCACAACAGCACAGACCUGCCUCUGUAAACGGUGUUCAAACUGAAGAGGAAAGAUGAAGACAGAUGAAGGCUUAUCCUCAUCUUAGCACACUGGACCCUUCACUGUCAUCCAUCCAUUCAACUGUCGGGCUGACUAAUACAGUACAGGUACCUAAUUAGAAACUUACUGAAACCUAUCUGUGCAUAUAAAAGGAAAAUCUCUGAGGAGAAUUUGCCAUUUUAUUCUGUGUUAUUUAUUAGAUAUGUGGUGUGAAGCUCUCUCAAGAAACCUGCAGUUUCAACUGCAAAUACUGUUUGCUGGAUAUAUGGAUAUAUUUAUAAGCAUAAAAUCAUGUCCAUAUGAUUUUAUGUUUAGCUUAGAGCAGAGACCUCUGUUUUCAGUGUAAGCGAUCAUUGCCAUACUGUAUUCGAAAAUUUUGAUUGUUAAACCCAUCUCCACCUACAAAUCUUAUUGUUCCCAUCUUUAACUUAAAUACACCCAUUGUUUUUUGUUUUUUGUUUAAAUUCGAUUUAAUAUGAGAAUCAAGAACCCUCGUUACAGAAGGUGAAGAGAGUAGUUGUUGGCAUGAAAGAUGGUUAAUGGUUCCUUUAAGAUACUGGCCAAUAUUCAUACCUCAUCACAAGCACCGAAGUCUAAUAUUGUGGCUGGUAGAAGAGACCAUUAUUUAUUAAUAUAUGCCUAAAGAGCAUUUUGCACACAAUCCUAUGGAAUUGUAUUUAUCAUGUUUUAGAAAUAGUUUCGUCCAAUCUGAGUUUUCACAUUGACAGAAAAAUGAAAUGAACAGAUGGGGAUAUUUUGAGAAUUAGACUAAACCGAAGGGGGAAGUAGCACACAUGGUUUAAAUGAGCUUCGGCUCUCUCCUAUCCACAUGCAGCAAUUAAAAAAAAAAAGUAGCAUAUCAUCCUCAAUCACACCCCCUGUGUAUCAUCCUGCAGGGGGUCCACAUGGUUUACGCUUGUCACGUUGCACUUUUGACCCCAAGCCUCUGAAACUCUUGUCUCUACUCAAAUUACACUGGAGCCACAAGGUUCAACCGUCUCAUUUUACCCAAAGCAGGGGGCCAAAAAUUCCAUGGACAUUCUUUGUCUGCAUAAUAGAUGAGAUUUAUUUAAAUGUUUUGAUGGAGACAUUGAUAACCUCAAAAAGUGGCAUUAAGCUAUAACCUCACAUGAAAUGUGCUGAUUCUAUCAUUUGUCAGGUGUGAAUGGUCUGUUUUUUUUAAGGGUAAUCAAGUAUGUUGCAAAGUCGUGCAGUGAAGAUUUUUGUGAGGCCAUUAUUUAUCAACCUUUUUAGUUAGAUAUUUAUUUUAUUAUUUAUUUUUUCAUUCUUUUUUUUGUAAUCAUUUUGUUUUCCAUGUGAUGACCUGCGUUUUGUAAUCCAGUUGGUAAUAUGGAGACCAAAGUUUCACCUCAAAUUAUCACUGGAUACUGGUGUAUUACUGUUAUAACUGUGCUUAAUUAUAUUUAAAGAAAAAAAGAAAGACUGUAUUUAUAUUUUAAGUGCCAAAAAACUUAAUUGCAAACUGUAUAAUGAAUAAAAUCAAAUGUGCCAUUAGGAUUUGUAGACAACAAAUACGACAGAACGGCAUCAGGUCAUAUUACA